CACUCUCUCCCCUGGUAAGUUGCAACAUUAAUUGCCUCAUUAAUCCAACAAAACCACACACCUCUUUCUAGCUCCCCCCUCACUACCUCCCUCCCACUUUUAUUUCAUUCACAUCCCAUUUUUUUUCAAAUUUCAAACAAAGAAAAUGAUGAAACUCAUCCCAUCUUUCCUCUCCAAACCUUCCGAACCAACCCCGCCGCAGCCUCCCCGAGCGGACCCCGCCACCGCCACCGUUGACGAUGACAACGAUCACCUGCAGUGCUUCGCUUCUCUUGAAGACGACGAGUGUGUCGAGAAGCUCAUCAGAGGGGUAAAAUCGUCUGGGCGUCUUUUUUUCGAGCCCGGGCAAUCCCUCAUCGGCUUCCAGAAACCGGCGACGACGGACGGCCCGUUCGUCGUCGAGGAGAGCGAGGCGCUGUCGCUCGACUCGACGGACCCGUUUUCCGACUUCAAGAGAUCAAUGGAGGAGAUGGUGGCUGCCCACCACCACCACCACCACCAUCAAGAUGAUCAAAAGCAUGGUUUGGAUUGGGAGUUUCUUGAAGAACUGUUGAGCUGUUAUCUGAAGAUCAAUGAGAAAGGGAACCAUGGUUACAUCUUGGGAGCCUUUGUGGAUUUGUUGGUUUCCCUUUCUAUCCAUUCUUCUUCUUCCUCUUCAUCUUCUUCUUCUUCAGCUGUUGCUAGCCAUUCUUUUACAUCUCCAUUAUCAUUUUGUUCUUCAAAUGGCUCUGCAAUCAGUCCAUGUUUGUCCUCUUCUGCACAGGAAGCUGAAGAUGAGGUUCAAAGUUCGGCAGGCACUGUUUGAAACACUUAGGGGAUGUGAUUUUUUUUUUUUUUGCGUUGUUGCUAUAUUAUGGAUCGGUCAUGCUUCUUUUGUGUGGUUAUAAAUGAUUUUAAGUGUUAGGAUUAGGGCUAUUAAUGUAAAAAAAAUGUUAUUAACACAAGAAUGGGGGCUAGAUUUUAACCAUUUAGCAUUGUAGUUCUCAUAUUAUGUUAAUGUUUUCCUAUGAUUAUAAAUUAGUCAAAACUACUUAUAACUUAAUUUUAAGUUGUAAGUCGGUUCAUAAUGUGUUUUUUGUGCUUUUAGCUUGUUUAUAAAUAAAAGUUAUCCAUUAUG